CGAUGCUUUGAGCACAGCUGCGGCGGUCGAGCCUUCUCCUCGCCCGGGAACUACGAACGUCACCUCCGAGAGAAGAGCGGGCGCGCCAAAAGCUUCACCUGUGAAUUAUGUGGUCAACGGUUCACACGAUCGACCGCGAAAAACAAGCAUAUCCGAUACGGAAGGUGCCGA